GCAAAAACCCUAGAAUAAGUUUGCGACCUAUAUUACCGAAAAAGAAGAUUCGGCUGCUGUAAUCGAAUACAGGAGGAUAUCAUCGGGUGCAUACACAGGAACGUGAACGUGAUAUUUUCCUUGAAAAUUUUCGCUACUGCUAGUCUAAGCCUGACUGCAAGUUUUGUUUUAUCCCUUUGCUGUAUUACGAAUCAAUCUAAAUGAGCCCAAAAUGAAAGUUACAAUCAAAUCAUGGAUGGGUGUUGCAUCAUGGCGUUGGAUAGCAAACGAUGAAAAUUGCGGUAUUUGUCGUAUGUCUUUUGAGAGUACCUGUCCGGAAUGUGCACUUCCCGGCGAUGAUUGCCCCUUGGUUUGGGGAGUAUGUUCUCAUUGCUUUCACAUGCAUUGCAUUGUCAAAUGGCUAAAUUUGCAACCAAUGAACAAACAGUGUCCCAUGUGCCGACAAGCUUGGAAGUUUAACAUACAUUGAAUUGCGGCGCUGUAAAAAAAUGGCUCCCAGUGCCUAACUACAUACCGGUUGGUCGGCAAACAACAACAACGAAGAUCAAUCAAACGCUCAAAAUCAAAGAAAGAAUACAGUGGACUAUAAUCUCAAAAUUUUAACUUGAAAGAAAAUUCUUGCAAAUCAAAAAGAAAAAUAAUAGUCAAAAAUUUACUUGCCA